AUGUCACUUGCAUCCAAUCACACACAGCGGAAAUCGACUUGGCGGACUCGAUCUGCAUCUCUGCUCUUGGCCUUGAUCUGCAUCGUCGCAACGCUGAGCUGUAUCUUGAAGGCGCAAGCACAGGGCAUCGACUCGCAGUAUCCGAGCAGGUCGGCAAUAUUGUCACAGUCGGACAAUAGCACCUCGAAGGGAGUCCACAAACAUGAAAGAAGAAAAAUGGCUGGGUGAGUAGCGAAAGGGAGGGCUCUUGAGCUGGCGCUACAGCGUCCGAUAGAAAGCUGCCCAAAUCUGGCUGGAAGUUGGCAGAGAGUCGAUGUUGCCCCUGCUCACUCUCCACAGGCUUGCUUUCCCUGUCCCCGUCCAUUUCACCCAACCAGCCGAACCGUUCUGGGCUACACAUCGCCCUGGAACCCUCAGGGUGCUGAGCUGGUAGAGGAGUAUAGGGGAAAAUUUGACGUCGUAGUACCUUGCUGGCACACGGUCGACAUUGUUCGAGCGCAGAAGGGUGGUGAAGCAUUCUACGAAGUGCGAGGGGAGAUGACGGAGAGAGACAGGCAGUGGAAAGAUCGAUUGCAAGUGGCAACCCGAGAAGCAGAUCUGCCUGGCCACAAUACGUCGGACACGAUCCUCUCCUCAGCCGAGCAGGAUACUCGUUUGCCACCCGUCAAGGUGCUGCCUCGCUUCGCACUCGACCGAUGGACACCGGAGGACUUGGCAGAGAUGCUGACAAAGGAAGAGCACCUCGAAGCCUUUUCGAGCGCUGUCAUGACGGUCAUCGAAGAAGCCGGAUAUGAUGGCUUGGUCAUCGAGAGCAACGCCGUUUGGGCUAUGAAGGGCUUGGUGGAGCACUUGGCGGCCCUUCUGCGAGCCAAUGACAAACAAAUUGGCGUGGUGCUUCCUCCACUCCGGACGGGUCACGUUGAUGCGGAAGUGGAAAAGACGAAUCGGGUGGUGCUGCACUCUAUCAAAACACUUGGCCCUAUUGCCGAUUUUGUGCACAUCAUGACCUACGACUACACUGGCAUGAAUGGCCAGGCUUUUGAGGAUGUCUAUGAUACUAGCAGCCUUCCAGAAGGAAGUCCCCUUGCGCAAGAUGGCGUCAGGACGCCUGGUCCCAACACACCGAUCAGCUGGCUUGAAGGCAACAUUGAGAUGCUGAGCGGAAGUCUGGAGACGCCAGGCGCUCAGAACAUAUUUGAGACCAACGACAUGGGUCAUACAGAGUUUGUCAACCAGCACGGCAUUGCGGACAAGCUUCUCUUCGGGGUCGCUCUCUACGGUGAGUCAUACGCAUUAGCCAGACCGUACAGAGCAGUAGUAUCAUCCACUGAGGUCUGCGCGUCUUGAUCUGCGACACAGGCUACUCGUAUCCAGUAGGUUGGUUCGAGACCAAAUCAGCCUCCAAGCAUGGCGUGCCGCGCAUUCCGCCACCUUCUCCCCUGGUGUCCAAGGACAACUCCACCUCUGCGCAAGAAGCUGCUCGGGCAAAAGCGGACAAGAAAGACGAGGAGCUCGCACACCGGGCAGUGCUGCGGUUUGCGGGAGAUGCGUUCACACAACGAGACCUUGUAGGUCGUCUAAAGGUACACAAAGCUCUGAUCAGACUGGACGAAGAGUCGCAAGAACAAUUCUUGGAUUAUGUCGCAGUCUUACCGCCUUCCCAACAGCCCGAUCCGAAGGAACUUCCAGAGGGCUACAACAAGGGUCAACCUAUGGCUUCUUACUACAGAGCGUACUUUCCAAGCGCCCACACCAUUUCCAAACGACUCAGCACUGUUGCAGAGCUGUCCCCCGCUGCUGGUGUCGCGUUCUGGGACGUCGGCCAAGCGGGAAGGUGGCUGUUGGAGGCGAUCUAA